CCAUGCGGCAGGCAAUCGGUCGCGCGUGGCGCCCGCUCGUCGUCGCCGGCCCACUGGCGUCGCUGGCCGUCGCGCACUGCGCGAGCAGCCGUAGCGACCUCUCGGACACGUUGCCAGCGAGCGCGAUCCCGGCCUUUCUGAAACAAGAGCUCGACGCCGUCCGUGCCGGUAUGGGCGCUAAUAAUGCGCCCAAGGUUGCGAUCAGCACCCUUCGCCACACGCACAAGCUGGCGUUCGCUGUGCCCCAUGACGCCAAGGACAAGGUGCUUCAUGCGUUUGUGACGCAGGUCCAUGCCAACGAUUCCACCGCAGCACUCGAAGUGCUGCCCUCGACCUCUGCACCGCCGUCGCUCGACUAUGUCUUCACCGACGGCUCGGGCUCGGUGCAGGUCCGCGACGACCACUUCGUCCUCUUCAAGGACGAGCCGAUGACCAAAGGCGAUCUCGUCGCGUUUGCCGCCGCCUACUGCGCGUCGAGCGGGAACACUCGCUCGCAGAACGUCUCUCGGUCCAGAGCGCUCGAAGACGUGGCCAAGCUCGGGCUCAUCGUUUAUGAUGGCGACGGCGUCUUGACGUGGGACUCGCUCGCGGGCUACGACGCGGUCAAGGCCGAGAUCCAGGACACGGUCGUCCUCGCGCUGCAAAACCCGGCGCUGUACGAUGCGAUUGCUGAGCGCACGCGCUGCCGGUACGAAAGCAACCGGCCACGAGCCAUCUUGCUCGAAGGACCGCCGGGUACGGGCAAGACGCUGAGCGCGCGCAUCGUGGCUUCUCAAGCGGGUGUCCCGCUCGUUCACAUUCCGAUCGAGAGCCUUGUCUCCAAGUGGUACGGCGACAGCGAGAAGAAGAUGGCCGCGAUCUUUGACGCUGUCGACAAGCUCGACGGCGCGCUCAUUUUCAUUGACGAAAUUGACGCGCUUGCGACCGCGCGCGGGUCGGGCAACAUGCACGAAGCGACGCGCCGGAUGCUCUCGGUGCUCCUCCAAAAGCUCGAGGGCUUCGAGUCGGCGAAAAAGGUCACGCUGAUUGCGGCCACGAACCGCAAGCAAGACCUCGAUGCAGCGCUGCUGAGUCGCUUCAACCUCUGCAUUCGCUACGACCUCCCGGACGACGCUACCCGUGCCGCGGUCUUCCAGCGGUAUGCCAAGCAGCUGUCGUCGACCGACCUCGAGACUCUGGCGCAUCACACCAGUGGCAAGUCGUGCCGUGACAUCAAAGAGAUCUGUGAGUACACGGAACGCAAGUGGGCAUCGCACGUGCUUCGAAACGAGCAGUUGACGACGUCGACGCCAAAUGUGGAGGCGUACUUGGCUGCGAUCAAAGCCACGACGACGACGCCAGAAAGUGCAUUCGUGGACAUUUAACGUCCAAUUUAGAACUGCUCCCCGAGUCGAAUCGCAUACUGUGC